AUUUUGUUCAGAAAUCAAUUGAUUAGUGCAUUAUAAGUACAAAUGUAUGACUUUUUGACGUAUUUAUAAUUUGAAAACUUUAUAAAACUUUUAGUUUGAACUAUUAGAUUAUUAUAUUGUAAGAGUUUUGUGAAAAAAGGUGAUCAACAAUAUGGUGAAGGCCUGGUAUAUCAAUGAUGAGGAAUUGGUCACCGAUGAAAGAGCUAAGAGAAGUGAACGCCAUCUCAAUCCUCCACAAUAUCUCAGUUUAGAUGACUUGAGACAUAGAACUGGUGUUAAAUAUGAACAGGUUAGUGUUGAUAACUACGAAACGGAGGACAGUUUGCAAGAGAUCUGCACUCACAAGGGAUACUCGUAUUCAGAUGUGCUGGACAUACAUCCCCAGCGACUGGAAAACUAUAGCCAGAAGUUAGAAGCCUUCUAUACAGAGCACAUGCAUCCCGACGAAGAGGUACGGCUGGUGCUGAAAGGGUCGGCAUAUUUUGAUCUCAGAGAUAUAAUAAAAUAA